AUGAAAGGAUUCGUUCCCUUAUUUCUCGCCGCAGGCGCAACAGCGCAGAGCAUCAGCUUCGUGUACACGGCGACUGUUACGGAGACGGACUUUGAAUUCGUCACGUUGACGACAUGUCCCUGUCCGACGAGCACGACGGGCUUGUCGACCCUCCAAACGACGACGACGACGGCCGUCGCGAGUACGACCACUACCACAGUUAGUGGGCCGGUUCUCCCGUCCGACACCAUCACGCCAGCCUCAUCGAGUAUCACUUCUACGCCCGUCUCCAGUGUUCCGGGAAGCUCCAUCUCGACCCUGUCCACGACGACGUCUUCCGGAAUCCCCAUUGUGACCAACGAGGCAUAUAUCGAUGCGGUCCUGCGUCACCACAAUAUCCACCGCUCCAACCACUCGGCCGACCCGCUGAUCUGGUCGCCGAGCCUGGCCGACACAGCUCGUGUGAUCGCCGAGACCUGUGUAUAUGGACACGUCACCACCGUCAACGGCGGUGGUUACGGCCAGAACAUCGGCGCCGGAUACCCUGCCACGGCGCUGGGGAUGGGCCAAUUCAUCACCGAAGGCCUGUACAACAGCGAAGUGAACAACUACAUCUACUACGGCACGGAGCCAGACCUCAGCACGCUGAACGAGUGGGGUCACUUCACGCAGAUCGUGUGGAUGGCGACCACCAGCGUGGGAUGCUACACCGCGGAUUGCAGCAGCGGCGGGCUGACGAACGCGGGACCCCCGAUCCAGCCAUACUUCACUGUCUGCAAUUACGCACCACCAGGGAACCUCAUCGGAUCGUUCGCGCAGAAUGUCGGCGUGUCCGUCGGUCUGCCUACGGUGUAUGGGAAUUAUUAG